CAACAACAGUUCGGUAAAUGUUGCUCUAUGGGGUGGGCAAGCUAGCUUAUUCCCUGGAGAACAGAUCUACAACGAUGGCCAGUCCUCUCCACAGAUCCUGAUGUUUGUUGGCAUGCUUGUCAAGAAAUACGCGGAUGGACUGUGCUUGUCUGGCGGCUCACCCUGUAAGUGGUACAUUAAUCCUGAUGUUCCUGAAGCAUGUGCCCUCAUGGCUAGGUAAUAUUCUGCUAUGCUUGCUGCACGUAUAUGACUGUUGUUUGUCUUCGCUGUGUUCUAACUUGAGCUUGAUUCAUUGUAUGUACAAACCAGUGCGAGGAAAGCGCAUAGUCCCAUUAAGUGGAACGAGGUUCUAUCUUCGAAUCAGCCUAUGCCCCAUGUUCCCGAGGAACAAAAAAUCGCUUGUAUUAGAGAUCUGCACCCAUUUGAGAAUAAGGAUAGGGAAUUCUUGGUGACAGUCACUGUAAAAAAGAUUGGUGAUAGGUGGUGGUACAAUGCAUGCAAAAAAUGCACCCGCACUGCUGUGGCUCAUGGGGAUUCCUACAAGUGCAGCGAUCAAGUUUGCGCUACCAUUGGCACGCCCAACCAAAGGUACAAACUACUUCUCACUGCAGGGGAUGAGACGGGUGACACAGACUUCAUCCUCUUUGGUCGAAUGGCGCAACGCAUCAUCAAGAGGCCGUGCGAUAUGCUCAUAGCCAACAAUUCAACCGGCUUUAUUCCUAAUCCAAUCACAGAUCUGCUCGAGAAGACGUAUGUAUGGAAUGUGAGUUUCUCUGACCACACAAUCAAUACUGGAAAUAUUUGUUUCCAGGUCAACGCAGUCGUGGCAGAGAUAGGUACUGCAAAGGACUCCAUCCAAUCAUCUUCAUCGGGGCCAAAACAAUCACAAACUGUGCUAUUGCAAGGUGUACCCAGUGGCAUUGAAGACACUCCUGACAAAGCCUCGAACUUGGUCAUGCUUUCGACCCCGCUCACACCACAAAGUUCUCCAACCAGUGUGCAAGAUAAGACUAUUGGUAUUGGCAGCAGCACUGCGGUUCCAAGUGGUACUCCCGCCAUAACAAAGGAACUGACAUCCACGCCUAGGAAGAGGACAAGGUCUUCGCCUGCAAAGACAGUUACAAAGAGGUUGUUCACCGACAUAGAUGGAGGAACCACUGGCUUUAAGGAUGCCGCAGAUAACACUGCUGCUCCUAGGUACCUUUUCCCUCGUACCUAUAGGUUCUCCAUGAACGCCUAG